CGAGAAACUCGCGUCGUCCUUCUCUUCUCGGCCGUCCUCAGAGCUGCCACAUUCUGCGUCUUCUUCGUCGUCUCCGUCUAUGCAUUCUCAGUUGUAAACUCUAGGUUUCGCGAUGGCUAUCUUGUUCAGGUUAGGGUUUUUACUAUCCAUUCUCGCGCUGAUCCCUCUCCGCUCCCAAUCAGCCGUUAGCAGCAUAGAUCUGGGCUCCGAAGGUCUCAAGGUCGCCGUGGUCAACCUAAAACCUGGACAGAGCCCCAUUUCAAUCGCGAUUAACGAAAUGUCAAAGCGCAAGUCCCCUGCCCUCGUCGCCUUUUACGCCGGCAACCGCCUCAUUGGAGAAGAAGCCGCCGGCCUCGUCGCCCGGUACCCCGACAAGGUCUACUCGCAAUCGCGCGACGCGAUCGCGAAACCGUUCAAUUACGCGAAGCAUUUUUUCGACUCCCUUUACUUGCCAUUCGAUUUGGUUGAGGAUUCGAGGGGCGUCGCGGGGUUUAGAAUCGACGAUGGGGUUACGGUUCACUCGGCGGAGGAAUUGGUGGCGAUGAUUUUGGGUUACGCGUUAAAUUUGGCGGAAUUUCACUCGAAGGUGCCAGUUCGGGACGCUGUGAUCACCGUGCCGCCGUACUUCGGGCAGGCGGAGCGGAAGGGGUUGCUUGCGGCGGCGCAGCUGGCAGGGCUUAAUGCUCUAUCGCUUGUGAAUGAGCACGCGGGGGCUGCGCUUCAGUAUGGGAUUGAUAAAGAUUUUUCAAAUGGGUCGAGGCAUGUGAUAUUCUAUGAUAUGGGUGCUAGUAGUACGUAUGCGGCGCUUGUGUACUUCUCAGCAUAUAAUGCGAAGGAGUAUGGCAAGACCGUCUCGGUGAACCAAUUUCAGGUCAAGGAUGUUAGAUGGGACCCACAACUUGGUGGUCAAAAUAUGGAAUUGCGAUUGAUGGAACAUUUUGCAGAUGAGUUCAAUAAACAGAUGGGCAAUGGGGUUGAUGUGAGGAAGUCUCCCAAGGCAAUGGCUAAAUUGAAGAAACAGGUUAAGAGGACAAAAGAGAUUUUAAGUGCAAACACUAUGGCUCCAAUAUCAGUCGAGUCAAUAUAUGAUGAUCGGGACUUUAGGAGCACCAUUACUCGUGAGAAGUUUGAAGAACUAUGUGAAGAUCUGUGGGAGAAAUCACUGAACCCUGUGAAAGAAGUGCUUAAGCAUGCUAGUUUAAAGGUUGAUGAUAUUUAUGCAGUGGAGUUGAUAGGAGGUGCCACUCGAGUGCCAAAGUUGCAGGCUAAGCUCCAAGAAUUCCUUGGAAGGAAAGAUCUGGACAAACAUCUGGAUGCUGAUGAAGCAAUAGUCCUUGGUGCAGCACUACAUGCUGCGAAUUUGAGUGAUGGGAUAAAAUUGAAUCGUAAGCUGGGCAUGAUUGAUGGUUGUUCAUAUGGCUUUAUGAUGGAGUUGGAUGGCCCUGAUAUACUGAAAGAUGAGAGCACUAGACAGUUACUUGUACAGAGAAUGAAAAAACUCCCCAGUAAGAUGUAUAGAUCUAUUGUACAUAACAAAGAUUUUGAAGUUUCACUUGCUUAUGAGAGUGAAGGCCUACUACCACCUGGUGUAUCUUCUCCUAUAUUUGCUCGAUAUGCAGUGUCUGGUUUGACUGACGCAAAUGAAAAGUAUUCAUCUCGGAACCUUUCUUCUCCCAUUAAGGCAAAUAUGCAUUUCUCGCUUAGUAGAAGUGGGAUACUUUCUCUGGAUCGAGCAGAAGCAGUUAUUGAAAUAUCUGAAUGGGUGGAAGUUCCUAAAAAGGUGAAUCUGACUGUCGAGAACUCAACAGUGGCUUCCCCCACCAUAUCUGUCGAAGCUGAUCCUCAGAAUGCUUCAGAAGAAAGCAAUAACAACCUGCAUGUUGAUGAUGGGAUUAGUGAUACAUCCAACUCCACUUCGAAAGAGCAAAACACCACUGAUGUUGUUAUAGAAAAAAAGCUGAAGAAGCGGACAUUUAGAGUUCCAUUGAAGAUAAUUGAGAAAACUGAGGGACCGGCACUGCCUUUAUCCAAAGAUUCUCUUGCUGACGUAAAACGUAAAUUGGAAGCACUGGACAAAAAGGAUGCUGAGAGAAGAAGAACUGCAGAGUUAAAAAAUAACUUGGAAGGAUAUAUAUAUGCCACAAAAGAGAAGCUUGAAUCAUCUGAGGAAUUAGAAAAAAUUUCUACAAAUGAGGAGCGCCAAUCCUUCAACGAAAAGCUUGAUGAGGUGCAAGAAUGGCUUUACACUGAUGGUGAAGAUGCUAAUGCAACUGAGUUUCAAGAACGCUUAGAUUUGUUGAAAGCCAUUGGUGAUCCCAUAUUUUUCAGAUUAAAUGAACUUACUGAACGGCCGGCAGCAUCUGAAUUUGCUCAAAGAUACCUUGAUGAGCUGAAACAGAUUGUUCGUGAUUGGGAGACAAAAAAAUCUUGGCUUCCAAAAGAAAGAACAGAUGAGGUUGUUAGUGAUGCUGAAAAGGUGAAGAACUGGUUGGAUGAGAAGGAUGCUGAGCAGAAGAAGUCUUCUGGAUUUGGCACACCAGUGUUCACAUCUGACGAAGUUUACGGAAAGGUUUUUGAUCUUCAAAACAAGGUUGCUAGCAUCAAUAGAAUUCCCAAGCCAAAGCCUAAAGUUGAGAAGCCUGUAAAGAACCAGACUGAAAGCAGCGAGGAAAAUGCAAAUGCUUCCAACACAACUUCUGGGGAGAAUUCUGACCAAAAUGAGCAACAUGCUGCUGACAAUUCUGAUGAUUCAUCAUCUAGCGACCAAGUGGAUCCUGAACUAGAGGCUCGUGAUGAGUUGUGAUCAAACAAAAAAACAUGGGAUCCAAAGUUAUCAUUCUUCGUUAAAAUGGAUAGUCAUCUGCUUAGAAGAAUGCAAUAGAGCACCAGCAGCGGUGGGAACUUAAAUGCAAAGGGUUUAGAGUUGUGCCAAUUUUUUUCAGUGAAGGCAGCUUUUCUUGCUGUCAAUGUUUUGCUCAUUUUUGUAGGCUCUGAAGAAGUGUAGCUGAAAGAAUUUCUGCUUGUCUUCUGUCUUCUUCACUAUUCAUGACGAUUGCCAAUCCGAGGACUAAUGGAGCUUUACACUUGUUAUACUGUACCUACAUGAUAGGGGUUUGAUGCAACUGUGACUAGCCAAUGGGGAGUCAUCUUUCAUUUUUCCUCCCAAUUGUUGCAGUCCCAUUUGUCAUUGAAUUUGGCUUUUAGUUAAAUUAUAUCAAUUAUUAAAUCCCACUUCUCUUAUCAAUUAUAUUUAUUAUGAAAUUUGGGACUUUAGUUCCACAGGUUGCCUUAGAAGAGGGCCUAAAAUCCUGUUUAAAGGGCCAACAGUUUUCCCCUACUUAACUCAUACAGAGUCUGCUAUUUCAAUUCUUUUAUUAAUAGCCCCUUUAUAGGCUGUAUAAUUCCUUUUUAUCAUGGACUCUAGCUGCCCAGUAAAUGUGUACUGCGCUUUUGUUUUCUUUUCCUUUUAAUAGCACAACGAAUAUGGAACUUAAAAUGCAAAAAAUAUCAAGGGCGUGCUUCGGAUAACUUUGGUUAUAUUUGAGUCUUGGUUGGGGGCAUUCAAAAAUUAACAGUUAGAAACAUCUAAAAUAUAGAUGUGUUGGUGUAGGAGAUGAGAAGAAAUAUCUAUAUCUAAUUUACAUAUUACAAUGUCACUGUUGGAACAAUAUCAUCAUUAAAUUUUAUUAUGUACAUCCUCUAACAUCAAGGAUGAAGUCUAAUAUAGAUAAGACGGGGCAGAAUACAUUUCAUCUAAUAUAGGAAACUAAAAAAAAAUUGCUUAAAGUCACCGCUUGGUAAAAUUUUAGUAGAUAUGGUCUUCUCAGAUGAACUCACAUUAUUUCAUUAUAUAACUUGAAUUAUAUAUUUCAUAAAUAAAAUGUCAUUAAACAUAAAAUUUUAACUAGGAAAAGGAUAAUUUUUUCAAAAAAAUAAAAUAAAAAUUGUAACCUUUAAAAAUCUCAGGUGGUAUUUUUGCAAAGGAGCUGCGGCGAUUGCCGUUUUCUCGCUAGUGAUAAGGCUCUGCUCUAUCCGUCUCCCUCUGCUCCCUCUCUCUCUCUCUCUCUCUCUCUCUCUCUCCACAUCAACUUACCCAUCGGUCCAAUGUUCUCUCAAAACAUUUCUCUCCCUAAAACCCUAAACCCUCCGGUCUCUCCUCGCCAAUGGAAGCUUUCUAAUCCUCUCCACAAAACCAUAAACCCAACUCGUCCACCCCAAAACCCUAGACCUUUCUCUAUCCAAUCAUUCUUCCAAAGCACUAAGCUCCCGAUUCCCGGUCAAAAUCACACUCACCGGCAGUCUGUCCGGUCAUUUGCGGGCCGGCGUAAGAGACCCUUCCCUGAGCGAAUCGAGGGCACUGAGGAGCUUAUGCGGAAGGCAAAGCGUAGUGCCCGCCGGAAAGCCAAAAAGUACGCCGAGUCCUUCUUCUACCGCCUAAAGAAUCCAAACUCUAAUUACCCAAAUAACUUCUCCGAAGAAGAGCUCCAGAUGAUCGGCCUUGGCUACGACCGCAUGGUCCGAUUCAUGGAAAAAGAUGACCCGAAUCUUCGACACCCUUACGACUGGUACAAAUAUGGUGAAUUCGGGCCGUACUCAUGGCGCGGAAUCGUGCUAGGCGACCCAAUUCGAGGGGGAAUGUCCGACGAAUGCGUGACAUUAAUUGGAGAAGUUCGCGAUCAUGAGGAGUGGGAAAAGAUUGAGCAGUUUGAACUGGCUACGGAAUUCGGACAGAGGUUGAAGAAAAUGGAUAGUAGUGUUGGGUUCAGACAUUUUUGGGUUUUUGUACGACAUCCGCGGUGGAGAAUUUCGGAAAUGCCCUGGCAACAGUGGACAUUAGCUUGCGAGGUUGUGCUGGAGGCCGGAAAGCAGAGGCUGGAUAAAUGGAGUCUGAUGGCUAGGCUUGGGAAUAAGGCGAGACAAAUGAUUACACGGUGUGCCGCGUGGAUGAGGCCUGAUAUAAUAUACGUGAAGAGACCUGUGUACCAGUGCAGGUUUGAGCCUCAGGAUGAGUUCUUUGAGGCGAUGAUACCCUUGCUUGAUCCAGAGACAGAAGGAAAUCACAUGUUUGAGUUGGAGACUGAUGACGGGAGGGUUGAGUUGUGUACCUAUUUUGGAGGAUUGUGCAAGAUUGCCAGGGUGAAUCCAAAGGCUUUCGUGGAUGAUGUUGUGAAGGCAUAUGAGAAGUUGAGUGAUGAGAAGAAGUCGAAGUGUUUGGAGUUUUUGUUGACAAAUCAUCCUGUUCCGCUUUUGCACCCUUACACCGAGGAAUGGAAAGCUAAACUGGAGGAAAUGGAGUUGGGUUGUGACGCUCCGGAUAGUGGUGAUGAUAAUAGUAAUAUGUCAGAAAACAUAAUCACAGAGUGGAUUGAGGAUGACGACGAUGAUGGUGGUGGUGGCGGUGAUGGUAACCAGGGUGAGACAGAGAGUGAAGUCACUGAUUGGAUGCGGGAGGAUGGGGAUGAUGGUGGCAAUGAAAGCGAGGAUGUUUACGAUGAGGAUGAUGAUCCAGAUGAUGCUGGUGCGGACAUGGAAGACAGUGGGGAUGAUGAAUUAGGCAUAAACGGGGAGGAUACGGAUGAAGAAGAGCAGGAGGAGAAAUAUUGGGAUGAGGAGUAUAAAAAGGCAUUGCGUAGCAAUGAAGCAAUGGAAAAUCUGGUGAAACGGAGUGCGGAAAUUUCUACCAAGAACUAUCAGAGGCAGCUGAGGGCAAUGGAAAAGAAAGGAGGAGAGGAAAGCAACACAGAUGGAGAUGAACUGGCCAUGUGGGGACGAAAACCGAAACUGAGUGCAGAAGAAUGGAGAUAUGCUGGGUAUGGUCCAAACCGGAGGAGGAUUAAGAAGAGUAAAAUCCCUCCCGAACUGUUCCUGCGAGCUGCUGUUCGACCCUUCACUUACAAGAAUCUUGUAAAGGAGAUUGUUUUGACUAGACAUGCAAUUCUGGAGGGUGAGAUUGGUCAGAAGCGUUGAUGGUGCUUCAUCAUCUCAGAGGGAAGCUAUAUGAUGGUAAAUUAUAGUUAUAUUGUUGAUUGUCCAAUGCUAUUUGAUGUUUUACAUUGAGGAAAUCCUUGCAAGAACUUUUUUCAGUCUAAUAUUGAAAAUUUAAUCUUUUGGCAGUUGAGCUCUUGUAUCAGUAUGUUUACUUGGGGACUGAUUGAAUCUUCCUCGGUUAGUCCUGAGAAGUGAUGCAUGCACAAAGGCUAUGUGGUGUCCUAAUGGAAAUGUAAAUGUUGUCCAAGUAAGAGAGUACAAUGAAAGUUUUGACAGAUGCAACAUUAAAAUAUGCAACUGUAACUCAUUCUUGAGGAGUUACAAGUCUCGUGUUAACACGCAGAAUGCAUCCCUACCAUCAUGCCUGUGUUUAUGUUUAUUGACUUGGUCAUCUCUGAAUUGCACUAUGAUGGGUUCUAUACUAGCAUUUCUAUUAUUUUUCAGAAACAUGAUGUUCCCAAUUGGGACUUUGUUAUAUGGAUAGACAUAUGAUCUAUGGGGCAAGUAGGAGUACUUUGUGUGCAA